AUGGCUUCUCAGAAACACUGGAUUCCUUUCAAUCUCUUCUUGAACGUGCGGUACCGCCGCUCGGAGCAGAACUUCCGUCCUUUGACGCCUCGAGAACGCGUCGAGGUCGUGACUCUGCUUCUAAAUAGUAAUCUACGAUGUCGGAUGACACAAAAGGAGCUGACGCAACCGCAAAUCCGAUGGGACACUUGCCCUGUUGAUGUGCAGGCCCAUUCUUCAAAGGUCUUCCUCCAAGGGCCCCGCCGAACGCAGGAAAUGCCGUCUUCAAUGGGCGUGCCGCUUGACGUCUACUAUCGACUGUUCCACGAGUUCGAUACUCAGUGCAGUUACGAUCCAGUCAUUCGAUCUGCUGGUUAUAAUUAUCCACAAGACGCUGUUGAAAUUUGUAUUUGC